AAGACCUACUGAAAGCUAAAAUAAAUCUCCUGCAGUUUGGAGACCGGGAGUUCUACAGGGACUGGUGGAACUCUGAGACUGUCACAUACUUCUGGGCCAACUGGAACAUCCCAGUGCACAAGUGGUGCCUGAGACAUUUCUAUAAGCCAAUGUUGAGGAAGGGGGUGAACAAAUUUCUGGCUCAAACUGCUGUUUUUCUGGCUUCUGCCUUUUUCCAUGAGUACCUGGUGAGUGUUCCUCUCAAGAUGUUUAGACUGUGGGCAUUCAUGGGAAUGAUGGCUCAGGUUCCUCUGGCUUUGUUCGUAAGUCGCUUCCUGAACGGAAACUAUGGCAACGCGGCCGUGUGGAUCUCACUCAUCAUUGGACAGCCCAUCGCCGUGUUGAUGUACGUCCAUGACUACUAUGUCAUUCAUUACGGGAGCACUACAUAACACAGGACAGACACCCACACACCAGUCUGCAGAACACGCCAAUAAGGUAUUAUAGAGCAGGUUCAGGGGAAUCCAUGGCAAGCUGAUGUUUAUGAAGCUGUUGAAGCAUUGGCACGAAAGUUGUGAAUUC